AUGUCUGAUCCCGACACGACGACGCAUCCCAAUACCCUGAAACGACCUCACCCAGAACCGUCUUCUCCCACUGGUGGUGCUCAGGCUCUGGAUGACGAGCAGGACCAACAUCCUCGUCGCCGUACGCGUAUCGAGGCUCCGGUGACAGAGAACAUCGUAAAUCCUUCGCCUUCAGUCGCCCAUCCGGAGGAAAAUAUCCCUCAUCCGACGCACACUGAUACCUUUGGCUUUGGUUAUGUGGCUUAUGCCGACCUUACUGCCGAGCAAAUCCAAUUCGUUGAUGAACAUUGGUAUGACCAUUUCAUGGUCGAGUGGAUCGAUAAAGAAGACUCGGUGCAAUUGGUGGACCCUGCAAAGACUGUUAUCGAUCUGGGGCUAGGUAGAGUCCAAGGGAUGGUAGCUGCUCGCGAGUACAUCAAGUGUUAUCCUGCGGCCCAAGAUGCGAUGCGGACCUUCCUGAAAGCGUACGAUAAUCUGGAAUACUACUACAACGCCUGUACACAUUACGCUUGGAGUAUGCCUCCGCCUCCCGUCCCACGUCGCGCCGUGCCACGUUCAAUUCCUCGGCCUUUAGUGGCAUCGAUUCCUCCGCCAGUAGAUCCGCCGGAUGUAUCUGACAAGCCGCCCCCACCUAACGUACUAUUCACACCUCGCAAGAUGCCACGACAAGAAUAUAGAGAAUACCUCGGGGAUAAAUUGGACGAUUUCGAUCACAUAUGGAAGUACAUAAGCAAUGGCAAUAAGUUCUCCGAAGAGUUUGGACCAGGUAAAAUUAUCUGUUUGCUACUUCAAGACCUCGGAAAGGACGAGAAGAUCGCCGAGCAAGCUAAGGAGUUGUUCAACAAGUCAAACGCUAUUACCCUUUAUAUCAACUCGCCUGGUUCUGGGAAAUCGGCGACUCUCUUCACGGGCCUUACUGAGAACUGGGGGUUCUACUUUUCGUUCGCAGAUGAGAGAAGAGACGCACAGACCUAUGGGUAUGGCUCUCGAGACCUUUCGGUUCUGCUGGAAAUGAUGCCCAAUCAUUCCGAGUGGAAGCAAGCCACUACGCAAGCGCAGUUUGAGGCCAACAAGAAGAUCGUCCAACGCUGCAUCGGGAUGCUCAUCGUAGUCCGUCUCGCAGUCUUACUUCGUUUCCUCGACUCAGUACCGGAAGAUUGGGAUCCUGCACUAGUUCGUCUGCAGUGGCUAUUCAUUCAGGCCGCGCCCAAUCUCGUCGCGGAUGGAACUCAGCCGAACGACAUCUUCCGCGCUCUCAUCGAGGCCCUUCGCAUUACUACCGGACCUGACGCUCGAGCUGUCGACGACCACGAUUGUGUGUUUAUAGCGCGCCAGUUGUGGACGAUUAUCAUCAAAAAGCAUGCACGUCUCUUCCCCGUAGACAACUUGAACAAAAGGACCCUCUGGAUGGCGGUGGACGAGGCCCAGCGGGCCGUACAAGAGUUCUUGGACCGGUUUUGCUCGGACAGGGACCCCAACGUGCGUCGCCCUAUCCUCGCAGUGAUCCAGAAGAUAGUUCGCGACGAUUAUGACAUGGUGACCAAUGUGGUCUACUCUGGGACCGGUCUUUCCAUGCGCUUUGCCCAAGAAGCCUUGUCGUCCAGCGCUUUGAAAGCCGGUAACAUUUUCACGAAGAAUCGUGCUGGGGUCUUCGACGAAGCCGAACAACUUGGUGCGACACUUUCACGGGCCGAUCUCGAUGAGAUAGCGGCCGUAGCAGCUGCCGUCAACUGGGACCUGGUGCUCAAAUUGGCCAGAGAGGAUGAGCACUUCAUGUCAGCCCUCCUGUCAGCUACCUUACGCUAUGGGAUCGCCAGCUUUCCCUCUAUCAUCCACCCCAAGCAUGCCGAAUUGAUAGAAUCCGGUAUAGCGUAUAUCAAACAGAACAGUGAAGACACGCGUGAUGGUGGCUCAGUUGGUCCAGUCGCAAUGGACGAGCCGGUCGCCCUCGGCAACGUUCUCAUGAGGUGCACCGGCAAUAUAGUGACCUGGAUGAACGACCUCCGUACCCAAGCGCUCAACAACGUCGAACAAGGAUAUCGACUCCAAAUGGAAUUCGCUCUGCUCAUGAUGCAUCACUUCGGCGGCAAGUAUACCAAGCUGAUACGUGUCUUCAAGGUCGGGGGGUACUGGGCUGAGUUGGCAGACAAGGAAUUUACGCUGGUAGGGGUCAUCAAGCGCAACGGUAAAUCUUUGUCGUUCUCUACCUCCUGGACGAAAGCGCCAAACUUGCCUUUCGGAUUUACUGCCCGUAACGCUGAAGCCCUCGCGAAGGCCGUGGAGAGUGGACGAGGCUUCUCGUGGUUCUGGCUGGACAAUAAUGCCCGCCCCGACUGGCUCUGUGUUUUAGAAGAGAAGGAGACCAAGGCCAAGACGAUCAUGUUUGCUCAGAUGAAAUGGAGCGACGGUCAAUACUCGAAGAAACUCGGUGAAUUUGUGCUGAACCCCGAAACAUUCCUCAGUGCUGUCGAAUCCGUCGAGCCGGAUAACAUCUAUUCGAGGACUGACAAGGACGGCAACAAGACCUUUUCAACCCCAGUUAUGAGGGCCAGAGUCCUCGCUGCCUUGAACGAGAUGGUGAACGCAGAGCGCGGCGACGUCGACGAGCUUCCGAGUUCCGAGCCCGAGUGGCUGGCAGCCGAGGGUCCAGCCGAACAGUGCGUACCGACGGCCGAGCGAUCUCAUGGGACCCGGGGGGCUACAGGUCCCUCUCUCAAGACUCCUGAUGACAACCAUGGUAUUCCUCGCUUUAUGCGAACGUUGGUGACGGGGCCCAUUGCCACGCCUCUCUUUCAAAGUGAGGGUGACCGAGCACACAAGUUCCCGCUCAUGAACGUGCGUGAUACUUGCAUGGCCGGCCUCUUUGGCGAUCAGUGGUACGACUGGUCCAAGUCGAGUUACGCACUAGACCCUCGCAACUCGGUUCGCGAACAUUUCUUUUCAUCGGAUCCUGCGAGUGAUGCCGUCGGUGUAUGA